UCAUAAUUUUAUUUGACAGAUAUUAUGCUCUGCUCACCUUUUGUUUUGUGCACUUUGCGUGCAGUGUAAUUCACUGGUAUAAUGUGAAAUCAGGCUUGUUUUAUCAAAUACAUCGGAUGGACAGUCCAACUCUCAUAAUGCUUUAUCGAACCUCAUAUGCCAUUCAGCAUCAUUGCGCAUAAAUGGCACAGUCACAUCAACGAUACCGAAACCAAUCCCACCGUUGAGUUGCCAAUUGAGAUAACGUAAUGACUUGGAUCGGAGUGGAGUGGUUUCGUUGCGGGUUGUGACCGAGGCCUCGUGUCAAGUAUCGUCAACCCGCAGCUACAAUAAAAGCGUUGCCAAUGUUACCGGUCAACCAAACCAGAAUGAUGUCGCACGGAGAACAGACGAAGGGAAUCUCACAUGCAGCGAUAGCAAAAUGUAUGGCAUCAUAAACAUAUGUGCAAAGGCUCUUAUUACGGAAAAAUACGGGGAAGCAACGUGGGAGAAAAUAAGGGAGUCAGCAGGCGUGGAUGACAAGUUUGUGAACUAUAACGUAUACGAUGACGACGUCACCUACAAGAUCGUACAUGCUGCAUCUCAGUUAUUGGUUUGCUCCAUGGACGAGGUCUGGGAAUUAUUCGGUGUAUACUGGGUAAUCUGGUGUAUGAGAAAUGGCUAUGACAUCCUCUUCCGGACUCUUGGUGGAACGUUGAGUGAAUUCUUGAAGAGCCUGGACUUCUUGCACAGUGUUUACAUGAAAACCAUGUACCCCAAAAUGAUUGUGCCUUCGUUUAGAGUUGAAGAAAAGGACGAAAGUAACUUCAUUCUACAUUAUUAUUCCAGCAGAAGAAAACUAGGUGGGAUCGUUCUUGGGAUAGUGAAAGGCGUCUCUCGGAUCAUUUUCAAUUCAUCAAUCUCGAUGCAUAUAAUUGAUCAUAAUGAAGUAACCAUUCUUGAUAAGGUCAAAGAUUAUUACCGAUUCUAUAUCCGGGUCACGGACUAUCGAUUACCAGCUAUCGGAGCACACGGAAGAAUCACCGAUGAGGAAUGGAGAUCUGUCAUAAGUGGGAGGAGUAGCAAUAUCAUUCGUCAUACAUCUAUUGGAUCUUAUCGCCAAGGACUAACAAGCAUACGAGACCAUUCUAAACUCAGCUGCUAUGAUUUAGCAAUGCCUUGUCAGAGGAUUGACCAACAUACAUUCCAUCCAAACCUGCCUGAAAGGAUGUUACUUGAUGGGCCGACAUUCUGCAAGGCUUUCCCAUACCACGUGGUCUUCAACAGUGAUCUUAUCAUCAUGCACGCAGGAAUCAAGCUGCAAGAAUUUUGCCCACGUGCCUCGGUAGACAAUACAAACCUUUGUGACGUCAUACAGCUCAACCAUCCUGAGAUUGACCUUACGGCACAGAAUAUUCGCUUGUUCAUUGACAUGAUCUUCAUGGUGUCUUUGAAACAAUUAAAUAGGAAAAAUCAUUGCUUGUCUAUGAGAGGGCAGAUGGUUGAAAUGAAAAAGAGUGGUCUUUUCGUCUUUCUGUCAUCCCCCGUUGUGACGUCACUGACUGACCUACAUGCAAAAAACAUGCAUUUUUCUGAUAUUGCACCUCAUGACGUCACACGAGAUCUGAUCCUCUUCAACCAGCAACGUAUAGUAGAGGUGGAACUCGCGAAAGAAUUAGAACAGAAGAAAGAGGAGCUCCGGACGUUAAUGAGAGAUUUAGCAGCGGAGAAGAAAAAGACAGAUAGUCUGUUAUUCUCUAUGCUGCCGAAAGAGGUUGCUAACGAUCUAAGAGAAGGACGACAUGUUCAAGCCGGUGAAUACCCUGAGGUAACAAUCAUGUUUAGUGACGUCGUCGGGUUCACCGAUAUGUGCUCCCAGUGUCAACCCAUUCAGGUCGUACACUUCUUGAAUGAAAUGUACAGCAUGUUCGACAAAUUAACAACUGUCAACGAAGUCUAUAAGGUUGAAACAAUCGGUGACGCAUACAUGGUUGCAGGAGGCUUACCCGUGCCCAGUUCAACACACGCUGCACGCGUUGUAUCGUUCGGUCUUGACACCCUUGAGGUGAUCCCCAAGCUGCAAUCACCGGUAUCGGAUCACGAGGUCCAGAUCCGUAUUGGUGCACAUACGGGACCAGUUGUGGCCGGGGUGGUAGGACAAAAAAUGCCGAGGUACUGUUUAUUUGGUGACACAGUGAACACAGCAUCUCGUAUGGAAAGUCAUGGUUCCCCGGGGAAGAUUCACGCAAGCCAUGAAGUUGUGAAAUCCAUUUCUGAUGACGAUCGAUUCCAUGCAGAAAUCAGGGGAGAUGUCGUCAUCAAAGGGAAGGGAAAAAUGGAUACAUACUUCAUUGUGCGCUCAUCCUCAAAAACUACUACCUCAUCGACGUCAUCUGUAAGCAAUCAACUUUCCAUUAUGACGUCAUCUUCAUCAAGAGAAGGAAACAAUAACAAGACUGUGGAGGUUCAACCGAUUUACCAACCUGCUUCGGAUCGAUUAGAGCUUUCAGUUUUGUCAAAUUCAGCUCAUAUUUCGAACAUCAAAGUGUCUUCAAACAUCUGUUUGAUUCUGUAAAAUGGUUUUAGUGUUUGUAUAUAUUUUCUAUUAUUUAUUCAUGUUUAUAUAUAU